UUGGAGGGGGCGGGGCGGGGUCAGGCGCGAGGCAUGAAGCGCGAGAGCAGUGCGCCGCGCUCUGCAUUCGCGCUUUAAGUCCCCCCCGCGUCCGGCGACCAUGGCGGUGCUCUCGGCUCUUCUGCGCGGCGGCGUCCGCGGGCGCGCACCCCUACUGCGGAGGUUGCUGCAGGAAAUACGAUACAUGGAACGAAGUUAUGUGUCAAAACCCAGUUUGAAUGAAGUGGUCAUAGUAAGUGCUGUCAGGACACCCAUUGGAUCCUUUCUAGGCAGCCUUUCCUCUUUGCCAGCCCCUAAACUUGGCUCCAUUGCAAUUCAGGGAGCUAUUGAAAAGGCAGGGAUCCCAAAAGAAGAAGUGAAAGAAGCGUACAUGGGUAAUGUUCUCCAAGGAGGUGAAGGACAAGCCCCUACAAGGCAAGCCGUACUGGGCGCAGGUUUGCCCAUUUCUACUCCCUGCACAACUAUAAACAAAGUUUGUGCAUCAGGAAUGAAAGCCAUCAUGAUGGCCUCACAGAAUCUUAUGUGUGGACACCAGGACGUGAUGCUGGCUGGCGGGAUGGAGAGCAUGUCCAAUGUUCCCUAUGUCAUGGGCAGAGGAGCAACUCCUUAUGGUGGAAUCAAACUUGAAGAUUUGAUAGUAAAGGAUGGCCUCACUGAUGUCUACAAUAAAAUCCAUAUGGGCAACUGUGCUGAGAAUACUGCAAAGAAGCUGAAUAUUGCACGUGACGAACAGGACACAUACGCUAUUAACUCUUAUACCAGAAGUAAAGCAGCCUGGGAAGCUGGGAAAUUUGGAAAUGAAGUUAUUCCUGUCACAGUCACAGCAAAAGGUAAACCAGAUGUAGUGGUGAAAGAAGAUGAAGAAUACAAACGUGUUGAUUUCAGUAAAGUUCCAAAGCUGAAGACAGUUUUCCAAAAAGAAAAUGGUACAGUAACUGCUGCCAAUGCCAGCACGCUGAAUGAUGGGGCAGCUGCGCUGGUGCUGAUGACUGCAGAUGCAGCAAAGAGGCUCAAUGUCAAACCACUGGCAAGGAUAGCAGCAUUUGCUGAUGCUGCAGUAGACCCUAUUGAUUUCCCCAUUGCACCUGCAUAUGCCGUGCCUAAGGUUCUUGAACAUGCAGGAUUGAAAAAAGAAGAUAUUGCAAUGUGGGAAGUAAAUGAAGCUUUUAGUGUUGUUGUAUUAGCAAACAUUAAAAUGCUGGAGAUUGACCCCCAAAAAGUGAAUAUCAAUGGAGGAGCUGUUUCUCUGGGACAUCCAAUCGGGAUGUCUGGAGCCAGGAUUGUUGUUCAUUUGGUUCAUGCCUUGAAGUCGGGCGAAUACGGACUUGCCAGUAUCUGCAACGGAGGAGGGGGUGCUUCCGCUCUACUCGUCCAGAAACUGUAGCAAUCCCACCCCCAGGUGUGGCUGACUACACUGCCUCAACUUACUCCCCAUGAUUUUUUUUUCUUAAAAAAAAAAACACACCAAACACAAAAGCUAAAAUAGGAAAAAAAAGUUUUAAGUGUUAAGAUCAAACCCUUGGGGCCGGGUGGUGGCGCACCUGGUUGAGCACACAUGUUACAAUGUGCAAGGACCUGGGUUCAAGCCCCCAGCCCCCACCUGCAGGUGGUGAAGCAGGGUUGCAGGUGUCUCUCCAUCUCUAUCACGCCCCCCCCCCCCCCCGCCAUUUCUGGCUCUCCAAUAAAUAAAUAAAAGAUCAAACCCUUAUGCUUUUUAAAAGUACAAAUACUUUUCUUCUUCUGGGGGCUGGUGAACUAGCUCACUGGGAUAGGGUGCUUUGUCAUCUGUACAACCAAGGCCCCAUUGAAGGAAGCUUUGGUGCUAUUGCCUCUAACUCUUUAAUAAAAUAUAAUUUUCUUCUGCUUUAAAA